GGGUUCUGCGCCGCCAUGUCGCGGAGGCUGCUGCCCCGGGCGGAGAAGCGGCGUCGGCGGCUGGAGCAGAGGCAGCAGCCGGACGAGCAGCGGAGGCGGUCGGGAGCGAUGGUGAAGAUGGCGGCGGCGGGCGGCGGAGGCGGCGGUGGCCGCUACUACGGCGGCGGCAGUGAGGGCGGCCGAGCCCCUAAGCGGCUCAAGACGGACAACGCUGGCGACCAGCACGGAGGCGGCGGCGGCGGCGGUGGAGGAGCCGGGGCGGCGGGUGGCGGCGGCGGGGAGAACUACGAUGACCCACACAAAACCCCUGCCUCCCCAGUUGUCCACAUCAGGGGCCUGAUUGACGGCGUGGUGGAAGCUGACCUUGUAGAGGCCUUGCAGGAAUUUGGACCCAUCAGCUAUGUGGUAGUAAUGCCUAAAAAGAGACAAGCGUUGGUGGAGUUUGAAGACGUGUUGGGGGCUUGCAACGCUGUGAACUACGCAGCCGACAACCAAAUCUACAUUGCUGGCCACCCAGCUUUUGUCAAUUACUCUACCAGCCAGAAGAUCUCCCGCCCCGGGGACUCGGAUGACUCCCGGAGCGUCAACAGUGUGCUUCUCUUUACCAUCCUGAACCCGAUUUAUUCCAUUACCACGGAUGUUCUUUACACUAUCUGCAACCCUUGCGGUCCAGUCCAGAGAAUUGUUAUUUUCCGGAAGAAUGGAGUCCAGGCCAUGGUGGAAUUUGAUUCUGUGCAGAGUGCCCAGCGGGCCAAGGCCUCGCUCAAUGGGGCUGACAUUUACUCAGGCUGUUGCACUCUGAAGAUUGAAUACGCGAAGCCCACACGCUUGAAUGUGUUCAAGAAUGAUCAGGAUACUUGGGACUACACAAACCCCAAUCUCAGUGGACAAGGUGAUCCUGGCAGCAACCCUAACAAACGCCAGAGACAGCCCCCUCUCCUGGGAGAUCACCCCGCAGAAUAUGGAGGGCCCCACGGUGGGUACCACAGCCAUUACCAUGAUGAGGGCUACGGGCCCCCCCCACCCCCACACCAAGGGGGGAAGGAUGGGCCCCCCGGGGGGGGUCACCGUCGGGGCCCAAGUCGCUACGGCCCCCAGUAUGGGCACCCCCCACCCCCUCCCCCACCACCCGAGUAUGGCCCCCACGCCGACAGCCCUGUGCUCAUGGUCUAUGGCUUGGAUCAAUCUAAGAUGAACUGUGAUCGGGUCUUCAAUGUCUUCUGCUUGUAUGGCAAUGUGGAGAAGGUGAAAUUCAUGAAAAGCAAGCCGGGGGCCGCCAUGGUGGAGAUGGCUGAUGGCUAUGCUGUGGACCGGGCCAUUACUCACCUCAACAACAAUUUCAUGUUCGGGCAGAAGCUGAAUGUCUGUGUCUCCAAGCAACCGGCCAUCAUGCCCGGGCAGUCCUACGGGCUAGAAGACGGGUCCUGCAGUUAUAAAGACUUCAGCGAAUCCAGGAACAAUCGGUUCUCUACUCCAGAGCAGGCAGCCAAGAACCGCAUCCAGCACCCUAGCAACGUGCUACACUUCUUCAAUGCCCCUCUGGAGGUGACUGAGGAGAACUUCUUCGAGAUCUGCGACGAGCUGGGAGUGAAACGGCCAUCUUCUGUGAAAGUAUUCUCAGGCAAAAGUGAACGCAGCUCCUCUGGGCUGCUGGAGUGGGAAUCCAAGAGCGAUGCCCUGGAGACUUUGGGCUUCCUGAAUCAUUACCAGAUGAAAAACCCAAAUGGUCCAUACCCUUACACUCUGAAGUUGUGUUUCUCCACCGCUCAGCACGCCUCCUAAUAGGUGCCCAGGAAGAGUCCCAUCUGAGCAGGAAAACAUUUCUCUUUCCUUUAUGCUGUUUUGUUUUGUUUCUUUUUUUUUUUUUUUUUCUUUUGCAAAAGUUCCUGUAUUCCUUUUUUUUAAAUGCUAGGUUAGUGGGCUUAACCAUAACGGAAACGCUGAAGUCUGGAGGGGGAGGGGAGGGGGACCUGAUAUCUCCCAAGAUUAACCUUCACUUUUUAAAAAAUUAUUGUACAUGUGAUUUUUUUUUUCCUGUUCCUACAUUUGUGCUACCCGUGUACUCUUGGCACAUUUCAAUAAAAUUGUUUGGAAAA